AUGGCGUCCAAACGCAAGGCUUCGGCCAUGAACGCGACCGCGAGCGAAGACCCCGUAGAUCCGUCUGAUGAGCUUAUGUUUUUAUGCUUGGGAGGAGGCAACGAGGUUGGGCGGUCGUGCCAUAUCAUCCAGUACAAAGGAAAGACAGUGAUGCUUGAUGCCGGCCAACACCCAGCGUACGAAGGACUUGCUGCGCUUCCUUUUUAUGAUGACUUCGAUCUCAGCACCGUAGAUGUGCUUCUUAUCAGCCAUUUUCAUAUCGACCAUGCGGCAUCACUGCCGUAUGUUCUGGCCAAGACGAAUUUCAGAGGGCGUGUGUUCAUGACCCAUCCAACCAAAGCCAUUUACAAGUGGCUCAUUCAAGACUCUGUCCGAGUGGGAAACACCUCCUCGAACCCAACGCAGCCCCUAUACACAGAGCAGGACCACCUGAAUACCUUCCCGCAGAUCGAAGCCAUUGACUACCACACAACUCACACCAUCUCCUCCAUCCGCAUCACCCCUUACCCUGCCGGCCAUGUAUUGGGGGCUGCCAUGUUCCUGAUAGAAAUUGCAGGACUCAACAUCUUCUUCACUGGCGACUAUUCCCGCGAGCAGGAUCGCCAUUUGGUGUCAGCCGAGGUCCCCAAGGGUGUCAAGAUCGACGUCCUCAUCACAGAGUCUACCUAUGGCAUUGCAUCCCACGUGCCUCGUGUCGAGCGAGAGCAGGCUCUCAUGAAGACAAUCACAGGCAUCCUGAACAGAGGCGGCCGUGCGCUCCUACCAGUGUUCGCCCUUGGUCGAGCCCAGGAGUUGCUGUUAAUUCUUGACGAAUACUGGGACAAGCAUCCAGAGUUCCAGAAAUUCCCCGUCUACUAUGCCAGUAACCUUGCGAGGAAGUGUAUGCUGGUCUACCAGACAUAUGUCGGAGCGAUGAACGAUAACAUCAAGCGUCUGUUCCGGGAGCGUAUGGCUGAGGCCGAGGCGUCCGGCGAUGGCAAGGGCAAGGCCGGGCCGUGGGACUUCAAAUACAUCCGCUCACUCAAGAACCUGGACCGCUUCGACGAUGUGGGUGGCUGCGUUAUGCUCGCCAGUCCCGGUAUGUUGCAAAGUGGUGUCAGCCGAGAGCUGUUCGAGCGGUGGGCGCCCGGAGAGAAGAACGGCGUCAUCAUCACGGGUUACAGUGUCGAGGGAACAAUGGCCCGGCAAAUCAUGCAAGAACCAGACCAAAUUCCAGCCGUCAUGUCACGAAGCCUGGCAGGUGCUCGACGCGGACCUGGUGGGGAGCAAGAGAAGGUGCUCAUUCCACGACGCUGCAGCGUUGCUGAAUACUCGUUCGCGGCUCACGUCGACGGUGUUGAGAACCGCGAGUUCAUCGAGGAGGUUUCUGCUCCUGUAGUGAUCCUCGUCCAUGGCGAGCAGCACAACAUGAUGCGUCUCAAGUCCAAGCUUCUCUCUCUCAACGCCUCCAAGACAACCAAGGUCAAGGUCUACUCCCCCCGCAACUGCGAGGAGCUACGCAUCCCCUUCAAGUCAGACAAGACCGCCAAAGUCGUCGGCAAGCUGGCCGCCAUCCCCCCGCCAUCCGCCGACACCGCCAGCGACGCCUCCAUCACGGACCUCGACAAGUUCCCCCUCGUGUCGGGCGUCCUGGUCCAGAACGACUUCAAGCUGUCCCUCAUGGCCCCCGAGGACCUGCGAGAGUACGCCGGCCUCAACACGACCACAAUCACCUGCAAGCAGCGCCUGACCCUCAGCGCCGCCGGCAUCGACCUCGUCAAGUGGGCGCUGGAGGGCACCUUCGGCACCAUCGAGGAGCUCCCCGAGAUGCGCAACGCCCAGCCCAACGGCAACAACGACGAAGAAGCCGAAAAGGCCGACGAGGAGGUCUCGCACCUCGUGGCCGCCUACCUGGUCAUGGGCUGCGUCGCCGUCCGCUACCGCUCCAACGGCGAGGUCGAGCUCGAGUGGGAGGGCAACACCCUCAAUGACGGCUUCGCCGACGCCGUCAUGGCCGUCCUCUUCUCCGUCGAGUCGUCCCCGGCCGCCGUCAAGCGCUCCGCCUCCAAGAACCCCCAUUCUCACGACGACACCAUCCCUGCCGGCGCGAUGAACCCGCACACGACCGCCUCGCCCGCCGAGCGGCUGGAGCGCAUGUUCUGGUUCCUCGAGGCCCAGUUCGGCGCCGACAACGUCGCGCCCGUCGAGACGCCCAAGCUCGCCGCCGAGGAGGCGACCGAGGAUGCGAUGGACGAGGGCAGCGAUACGGAGGACAGGCAGAAGAAGGAGAUUGAGCGACUGCACAAGAUCGGCAUCCCCGUUCCCGGGGUCAAGAUCACGGUGGACAAGCUGGUGGCUACGGUCUGGCUGGAGGACCUCGAGGUGGAAAGCAGUAACAAGGUGUUUGCCGACAGAGUCAGGGCGGUCGUGGAGCGAGCAGUCGAAGUCACAGCCCCGCUCUGGGGUUAA